AUGUUGCCUUAUCUUGAUUUAAUUAUUUAUUUUGAAAUAAAUACGGGGAGAGCACACCAGGCAUUUAUAUCGAAGGAAUGCUCCCAGAAAAAGUUGGUAACUAUCAAUGUGAGGCUGUAUCAAAAGCAAUGUUUGUCCAACCCAAAGGUUUGGUACGAUUUGGACAAACUUCCGCCCCUCCGCUAUGCUGAGUUUGUCUCCCACAUUCCGUGGGGAAUGGACCAGGCCGUGAUGAAACUACGGCGGUUCCAGAACCCCCCCCCAAAGGGAAAAUGUUACGGAUGCAGCCUCUUUUUGUGUAAAAUGUGA